CCUAGACCGAGUAGUGCCGUCCUUUGUUACUUUCUCUCCAAAUUUUUCCCUUGCCCUUUUCUGUAAUAUGUCGGGAAGCACAUCUUCUUCCUCCUCUCCUUUGGAUCAAUCAUCUUCGAAUAACAGUAAAGAGUUGAGGACGGAGAAAUUAGAAGGAUUGACUGAGAAUAAGUGUAAUUAUUCGGUGAAAAGCGAGUCCGAUACCGAUGAUGAAUCCCUAAUAACUGACGAAGAGUAUAAACGCUACUCGGAUGCUGUGAAGGCCAGCGAUGGAUUUGAUGUUCCUCGUUUAACUGGAGGAGAUUUCUAUUAUGGUGGUGGAAUUGUUCCUCUUCGCAUGUGUGAUUAUUAUCGUACAACACUGGAGCCAUUUUGCGUUGCUGCUAUGAAUCAUUACAACCAAGACAAGAAAACAAAUUAUGAGUUUGUGAGACUGAUAAAGGCAAAUGAUCAAGUCUUAGGUUGUUUUAUAAAUUAUUAUUUAACCAUAGAGGGAAGGACGUCUGAAAACAGCACUAAGAUUUUUGAAGCAAUAGUUACGGAAUCUCUAGGUGAUCCGGAGGUCCAGUUUUGUAGGGAAAAGGCUCCUCCAACCGAGACGGGAAAUGCUGAAGGAAGCAGCGGGAAGUAGGACAGAUGAAAACGUUAUUUAAGUAGCUGCCUCAGUGGUCGAAUAUUCCUCAAGCAAUCAGUAAACUAAGUGGACAAUUUGUUUUUAAUUUAUUAAAAUUUUAAUUAUUUUUCCUAUCUUAAGUUUUA